ACAAUAUGUUCAAGUCAAAGAAACCACCCUUAGAAGCCAACACCUUGUUUGACAAGGAUACCCGGUCCGAGUCUUUACACUCUUCGUCCAACUCUUUCCCUCCAGUUGGAGACCAUAUCAAAAGAAAGUUACAGUUAAGGCAUGUCCAGUUGAUUGCCAUUGGAGGGUCUAUUGGUACUGGGUUAUUCUUGCAGAUUGGAAUUGACUUGACCACUUCGGGCCCCUUGGGGUUACUUUUGAGUUUUGCGUUCUGGACCGUAAUUAUCUUGAUGCUCACGGUUUCGGUUGGAGAAAUGGUGUCUUUUCUUCCCGUAGCAUCACCAUUUGUGACGUUGGCCGGAAGGUGUGUAGAUGAAGCAUUUGAGUGCUGUGUGGGUUUCAACUUUUUCAUAAUGCAAGCGUUAUACAUCCCGUUUGAGAUUGUGGCUGUUAAUAAUUUUGUUCACUACUGGCGAGAUGACUACAGUGCAGCUAUAACUCUUUGUGUCCAAAUUGUACUUUAUGCUGCCAUCAAUGUUUUUGCGGUUAAGUUAUAUGGAGAAGUCGAAUUUUGGCUAUCAUUGGGUAAAUUAGUUUUGUGUAUUGGCCUUUUGUUGUUUACGUUGGUGUCGAUGUGUGGGGGAAAUCCCCAGCACGAUGCGUUUGGAUUUCGCAACUGGCAUGCAGUAGGAGGGCCAAUAGCUGAAUACAGAAGUACUGGUUCUUUGGGACGCUUCGAAGGGUUUUUACUGGGCUUGAUUGGAGCCUUAUUCAUUGUGGUGGGGCCAGAGUAUAUGUCGAUGGUGGCUGGGGAAGCGGUCAAUCCAAGAAAGAAUAUGCCCACUGCUUUCAAGACAGUUUUAUACCGUUUGGCUUUAGUCUAUAUAGGUGGAGCACUAUCGGUAACAAUUUUGGUUGCUUAUAACGAUCCUGAUUACUUGAAAACCACUACCGAGAGCACGUCAGCUUCAUCUCCAUAUGUGGUGGGCAUGACCAACUUAGGAAUCAAGGUGUUACCAGAUAUCGUCAAUGCGGUGGUGUUAACAUCGGCAUUUUCUGCCGGAAACUCGUACACUUUCUGCUCCUCUAGAGCCUUGUAUGGGUUGGCAGAAAGAGGAUUUGUUCCUCGAGUCUUCACCAAAUGUACCAAAAAGGGGGUGCCUAUCUACUGUAUUGCUGUAAGUAUGUUGUUUUCCUUGUUGUCCUUGUUGCAAUUGGGGUCCAGCUCAGCUAUCGCAUUGAACUAUAUGGUCAACUUGUGUACGGGAGCACAACUAUUGAAUUACGGAUUCAUGGUCAUUAUCUACUAUAAAUUCUACCAAGCAGUUAAAGCCCAAGGGUUGGACAGGAGAGCGUUCGCGUACAGAUCGUGGCUUCAGCCAUAUACGAUUUUGAUAUCUGGGUUUUUCAUUUGGAUCAUGAUCUUUGUCAAGGGAUACACUUGUUUCAAACCGUUUUCGGUGGAUAACUUUUUAUUUAACUACGUGAUGAUUUUCGUUUCGAUAAUUGUCUAUGUUUUUUGGAAGGUGUUUAAGAGGACAAAGAUGGUGAAACCUGAAGAAGCAGAUUUGGUUACUGGGAUUGAUGAAAUUGAAGAGCAUGAGUAUGAAUACUAUGCCCAGGUGGAAAGUGAAAGUGGCAAAGAUGUUACACUUGUUAGACGCCUUUUCAGCUGGGUAUUUUGAUUGCAUUGAAACGAUAGUUUCUCAUUUGGUGUUCGCAGCCAAUCACUAAAAUAUACACUGCUUUCCCGUGUACAGUACACGGAUCUACAAGCUUUUAAACCUAAUAUGUAUUUUUAAAUCCAUUCCCAAGUAAUGUCAAUUCUCCCCAAACCCUGGUCUGCAAUCAGGGAGAAUGCCAGAGGUGAGAAAUCCAAGUCCCGGUAUUGGCAGCCUUCGCAUCUAUCUGUUACUGUUACCUCAACAGACUUACCCUGGUAUGAAGCCUUAAUCUUCUUUCCACAAAUAGGGUUGUUGUUGGGGUUUCCAGUAUUGGUCUCAUCGAACAACUCAUGAGAAAUGGCUACAAUAUAGUCGGUGUCGACGUUGGUGAUACCACAAGCACCCAAACCGGUGUCGUAGUAGGUACCUUGACCUGAGAAGUCGCCGGUCGAGGCAGCCGACGUCGUAGCGGCGGUGGUAGCGGCGGUGGUAGCAGCCUCAGUAGUGGUAGCAGCCUCAGAAGUGGUAGCAGGCGUUUGGAUCUCAGUAGUAGCAGGUGUUUGGAUCUCAGUGGUAUCCGUGGUGGCUUCCGUUGGGGUGGUUGCAACCACAUCAGCUGAAACUGGUAAAAUCGUAGUGACAUCAGGAAACAACGUAGUUAAACCAUCGGGCCCGUCGAUAACAGUAACGGUAUUGACUUUGGUAACCACGAAUACAUGAGCUGGGGCUGCCAAAAUCAGGCUAGCCAAGGCAAAUAAAGCGAUAAAAUUCAUAAUGAGCGACUGUAAAUAAGGAGUGUGGAAUCUGGGCAAAGAGGCCUGAACUAGAAAGCUGGUGAUGAAAGGAGAGACUGAGCUUUGUUGUU